AUGAACUUCCAUUUAUCAUUUAGUAGGAGUAUAGAAGAAGAAGAAGAAAAAGAUGGUAAUAAUAAUAAUAAUAAUGGACAUUAUAGAUCAAUAUUCUUUUAUUUUGUAAAUGGUGAAGAAUAUUAUAUAUCACCUAGUGGAAUUGAUGAGAAUGGAUGUAGUUCAAUCGAGAACCCAUGCAAAUCCAUACAAUACGCAACGAAUAUAGCAGCACCAUUCUCUACCAUUAUAUUGGCACCUGGAACCUACUUUGAAUCCAAUUAUUCGCAGAUUUCAAACAGUCAUUUGGCUUUGGUGGGGUCUGGUGGAUGUGAUGUGACUACUGUCGUAGGACAAGGUACAGGACUAUUAUAUGUGGUGCAAAGCACACUGACCAUCACCGGUAUUACCUUUGCACGAACCAAUCGACCCACUCCAUUUAUAUACACCUUCUUUUCAGAACGUGACCUAAAUAUUCUAAAUUAUCGAACCAAUUUGAAUCUGGUCCAAAGAUCUGCCCCCAUCUAUUUAAAUCAAUCCAUCGUUCAUUUUAUUGAUUGUGCAAUCACACAAUUCAAACUAUUCAGUGAAAGUGCUGCCAUAUUUUCAACUUAUUCUUUCAUUUCAAUGACAAAUACAACAUUUCAAAUCAAUCAAUCGAAUUUAAUAUUUCUUUAUAAUACUACAUUCACAGGUGGAUUAUCUCAAUUCAUUAGUAAUAGAGGUAAUCUAUUAAUUACAUCGAUUCAAUCAAAUCUUCACAUGGUAGAUUCAAUAAUUGCAUACAAUAGAUAUUCUUCAGGUAUCAUUUCUGAUUCUUGGGUAAAUUUAACAAAUGUAUUGGUCAUUAAAAACUUUGGUGUCAAUUCAUUUCUAUUUGGACCAAGGGGAUCGAAUUUCAACAUAAGGAACAGUAGAUUUAUUGAGAAUCGUUCAAAUGAAUCUUAUACUCUAUUAUCCUUAAACACAAGACAAGCAACAAGUAUAUCAUUAUCAAUUAUCGAUGGUAAUUCAAAUUUGGUUGGUGCAAGUAUUGGUACUAGAUCAAGUGGAUUAAAUAUAACUUUUUGCGAAUUUAGAAAUCAAUUUAAUAUAAUGAUUAGUUUAAUGGGGAGUUCAAUAUCAUUGGUCCAAUAUUGUUCAUUUAGAAAUUUCUCUGGAAAUGUAUUUUCAUCUGAUUCCUCAACCGUUUUGAUAUUGUUUUUUUCUUCUUUUAAAUCAUUUAGUGGAAAGAUAUUAGACUUUUAUAGUAAAGGAUCAGCCUAUGUUAUAUCAACAACAGUUUGUGGAGCACGAUCACAAGUACCAAUAUUCCAACUUGAAAAUAGUGCCUAUAUGCUCGCCUAUCAGAUCGUGGUCUACAACAAUUCAGCAUACAAUGUGAUUGAUAUGGCUCAGUCAAAGUUGGAUAUGUACGCAUCAAACAUUUCCUCUACGAAUGGAUCAUCUAUAGUGAUUGGUGUAGAUGGUUAUGUAAUUAGAAUGCAAGAUUGUUUUUUAUCUGAAAAUGAUAUUCAAUUGGGAGGAGGAAUAUUCUUUUUAGAUCAAACUGGUAAUAUAACGGUACUUGUAACAAGGUUUACAAGGAAUAGAUCAACGUAUGGGACGAUUAUAGUAUUUGGUGAUCCAAAGUCGAGUGACGAGAUUAAAGAAAAGAUAUACUUUUCACACCAACCAACACCGUUAUUGGCAAAGACCCUGUUUUCAAAUUCAACGUUUAUAGGAAACACAGCGUUGGGUGCUGGUGCAUUGGUGUUUUACAUCAAAAAUGUGUUUAUCAACUUUACAUGUCUCGAUUGCUACAUGCUAGGAAAUCGAGCAAAACAAGGUAAUCUUAUCAAUUCCAACUACUACUCGUAUACAGUAUCGAUGGCAUCAAAUGUUACAACACCCAUCAUUUUACAAAUCGUUAUCCGAGCCAAAGACUAUUUCGGACAACGGUUCCAAGGAUCAUCAGAGAUAUCGUAUACUGCAGUGUCGGCCAAUCCCGAUUUCAGGGUGAGUGGUAUCACAACAGUGCUUAUGAAUGUACAAGGUGUCACUGUCAUGUACAACAUUCAGUUGUCUGGUGUACCCGGUUCCAACUAUACACUCUUUUUUGCUUCUUCGCCGAGACCGAUCGGAGGCAAUGUCAAUCAAACCAUUACCUUUAGAAAGUGUGAGAAUCCAUACGAACCACACAACGUCACUGGCAUAUUCUACUGUCUCAAGGAGAAAACAGUUAGUGAUCUCAACAAAAUUAUAGUAACUUUCUUGGUUGUCGUUAUCGGACUGCUCACACUCUUUUGUUUUGGUAUUGUCAUUGUCUAUUGGAGUCAUCCAAUCAUUCGAUUCUCAAAUCAAAUAUUUCUCUGUGUCAUAUUAUUUGGUUGUUGUGUUUUACUUGCUAGUCUUAUUACAUCUUUUAUCGUUUCUCCUAUUUCAUGCCGACUACGAAGUAUAUUAUUACCAAUGGGAUUGGAAAUACCAGUUGCAGCAUUGGUUGUCAAACAAUAUAGAUUAUGGAAGAUAAGAAAGGUACUCAGCUUUCAAUUGAAAUCUGCAAUGGGAAACAGAUACUUUAUAACCUACACGGCAGCCUAUUUGGUCAUCCCGACCAUUGUUGUGGUUGUAGCAUGCACAUUUAAACCUCUUACUCCAGCAAUCUCAUUUGAUACAAGGGACUUGACCUAUUCGCAUAUUUGUCUUGGUGACAAAGCCUACCUCUACGUCAUUGUCUUUUUAAUCUAUGCAUUGAUAUUCCUAUUCAUCACUUGUGUAUUGGUAUUCAAAACUAGACCAUAUCGUUCAUCACCUGGAUCUUUUAGUGAACCUACUUAUUUAGGUAUUUUAACAUACAAUUAUUUAAUUAUUCUACUUUUAUUGUUACCUUUAAGGUUCUCAUUCCCAACCAAACCAAAUGCACAAUUUUUGAUUGUUGCAGUGGCAUCUUUGAUUUUUGUGUUGGUGACACUUGGACUAUUGUUUGUGCCAAAACUCAUUGUACUGUUUAAACGAAGAGCAGUGGUACAUUCACUCACCAAGUUUAUCGAAGCACAAAGUGAAGAGUUGGAACGAAACAAAGACAUAUUGCAAUUCUACGAACUGUAUGGCAACGAAGAGGGAAUAUUAAACUUUGCAAACCCCAACAUCUUCUCACCGGACAGUACCAGUGGUUCUACAAUUAGCUACAGAUCACACAAGAGUUUUAGCAGUGAGACUAUCAACAAGGUAAUGGGUAAUGUUCACGAUCCCUCUCCUCAAAACAUUCGAAUCACAUCAAAGGUUGUCAAAAAUCGUGGAAUGUAUUCCUUUACAACAACCUCUUCAAAUAACCAUUCAUCCUCCGUUUCCAAUCUAUCGACAAUGUCUGAUUUCCUAGAUGAUGAUCAUAUUGUUUUUGAAACUGAUGAUGAAACUCAAGCAAGUAGUAGUAGUAGCAGUGAUAGUAAUAGUCAUUCAUCAUCAACCAUUUCAACACCUCCGACUUUAUCAUCAUCCUCUUCAAUUAAUUUAAUUAAUCCAAAUUCAAUGAUUCCAAACCCAACAACAACUACAACCAAUAAUAAUCAAACCACUAAAAAAACAAAGAAAUCAAAACAACUAAAAAGAUUAAAAAAGAAAUUAACUCUUAAUAAUAAUAAUAAUAAUAACGAUCCAAAUAAUCAUAAUAAUAAUAAUAAUAACAGUAAUAGUAAUAGUAAUAAUGGUAAAUCAAAAUCGGAAAACAAUACUCCUUCAGAUUCUUCCCCAUUUUUCUCAAAUUACCAUAAAAAGAAGAAAUAA